AUGCCCCGCUCACGGCAACCCGCUCGGUUCUCGAGCGAAGCUCCUUCCGAGUCGUCAUCCUCAUCAUCCCCGGACCGGAACGUUGAUGACGACACCGAUUUCUUCACAGCCCAGGCAAAUGAUUCGCAAUCGUCUGUUGGAGGCAUCGCAACCUCCCGCGACGUACACGCACAACAUGAGCAGUACGUGCUCCCGCCGAUCGGACGCCUUCCCCCGGAAAUUCUGAUCGCCAUAUUUGCAAAGCUCAGUUCGCCGGCCGACAUGUUGAGCUGCAUGCUGGUAUGUCGAAGAUGGGCUGCUAAUUGUGUUGGAAUACUAUGGCACCGACCGUCUUGCAGCAACUGGGUCAAUAUGAAGAGCAUUACGACGACAGUUGGGAAAGAAGACGGCUUCUUCUCGUACUCCGAUCUGAUCAAGAGGCUGAAUCUUUCUGCCUUGAUGGAGGAGGUCAGCGACGGCACCGUUGUACCCUUCGCACAAUGUAACCGGAUCGAGCGGUUGACUUUGACCAACUGCUCAAAACUUACGGACAAGGGAGUAUCAGACCUAGUGGAAGGCAAUCGGCAUUUGCAAGCCUUAGAUGUCUCGGAUCUGCGUUCUCUUACGGAUCACACUUUAUACACUGUGGCCAGGAACUGUCCUCGGCUCCAGGGGCUCAACAUCACCAACUGUAUCAAAGUGACAGAUGAUUCGUUAAUUGUCGUAUCGGAGAACUGUCGACACAUCAAGAGAUUGAAACUCAACGGUGUCAUACAAGUUACGGAUAGAGCGAUUACAUCGUUUGCUCGGAACUGUCCGGCUAUCCUUGAGAUCGACCUGCACGACUGCAAGUCUGUCACCAAUCGUUCCGUAACUUCCCUCAUGGCUACCCUUCCCAACCUCCGCGAACUACGGCUCGCGCAUUGCACAGAGAUAGACGAUCUAGCCUUCCUGGAACUCCCAAAGCAACUCUCUAUGGACAGCCUCCGUAUACUUGAUUUGACAGCGUGUGAGCACAUCAGAGACGAUGCUGUAGAGCGCAUAGUUAGCUCAGCUCCUCGCCUACGAAAUCUUGUGCUUGCCAAGUGUAAAUUUAUCACCGACCGUGCGGUGUGGGCUAUAUGCAAGUUGGGAAAGAACUUGCAUUACGUUCACCUGGGCCACUGUUCGAACAUCACCGAUGCGGCUGUGAUCCAGCUUGUGAAGUCCUGCAACCGGAUCAGAUACAUUGAUUUGGCUUGUUGCGUUCGUCUGACGGACCGCAGUGUUCAGGAGUUAGCAACGUUGCCGAAACUGCGGCGGAUCGGUCUGGUCAAGUGCACCUUGAUCACCGAUCGCAGUAUCUCGGCACUAGCGCGGCCAAAGGCCUCGCCUCAUUCAUCCAUCAGUAGCCUGGAGAGGGUCCAUUUAAGCUACUGUGUUAACCUGACCAUGCCUGGAAUCCACGCUCUACUCAACCAUUGUCCUCGGCUCACCCACCUCAGUCUGACCGGGGUGCAGGAGUUCCUCCGGGAUGAGCUUACCAAGUUCUGCCGUGAGGCACCUCCGGAAUUCACGCAUCAGCAGCGGCAAGUGUUCUGUGUAUUCAGUGGUGACGGCGUCAAGCAACUCCGCGACCACCUGAACCGAACCGUCCCUCCGGCCCGGGAAAUGAACGAGGCUACCAUGUAUGACGAUGACGAAGAAUUAGAUGAGGACGAGGGUCAAGUGACUGGCCUGAUGCAUGCGACAGCAAUUAACGACGACGAUGACGACUAUAUUGACAUUGGACAUCCUCAAGGUUGA